UAUGCAACGUGUUGAGCAGCUGAACUCUGUCUCAAACUCUCCAGCUCUCAGAAGAGGACGCCUCUUACCAAAGACAAAAAGAGGGACAACCCUUUUGUUGUCACUCUCAGUCCGGUUGUUAGUUCUUUUAGUUUGGUUCUUUUAUUUUAUUUGUUGUGGAUACUAGCCCCAAAGGAUGUAAUGUUGCUGGAUCCCUGAGGAUUUUGGAAUUUUUUCAUUUUACUUUUGACGCAACACUUCUAUUCAUCUUUUGUCAGGGAGUGUUUCCCUUCUGUUUCUGUUUCUCCCCUCCUGUGGUAUUUCCUGCUUUUAUGUGUUGUUCUGAUACCGUACUAGCGUCCGGAUGAGUGUGCUCCGCUGGCACCGGCUCUCUGCGCUCUGGAAGAACUGGAUGUUCAACCAGGAGCCAGCAGAAGAGCAGGGCCAGAUAUCAGAGGAGCAUGAGGCAGAGCCACGGAGGACAGAAAGAAGCACACUCAAGGAUCACAGCUCAGACUCUCAGAACUUAACUGAGUUUAGGACCCAAAACUUGGAUUAUAAGAACCAGGAAACUAAAACUGAAUACCAAAACUUGGAAUUUACAAACUCUGUUCCCAAGAUCCAAAAGUCUGAACUACUAAAACGCAGCCCCUCUGAGCCGUGCUCUCAGGUCUCAGUCUGCUGUCCACACACACCUGAAAGUUGUGUGUGCGAAUCCCGGAGAAGCUACUAUUCUGAGGAGGGUGUUGACUGUGUAUUGCAGGUGGAUAACGGCAGUGAGGGGGACGACAGUUUUCUGCAGAGAGAGGGUUCCCAACGGAGGUCUAGACGGCGCUUCAGGAGGGUCAACCCCAGGGGAGAGCGGGAACUCAUCACAGACGGCCAAGAACCCGGCGGCUACAACACGGAUUAUGUCAACAACCAGCUUCCUGCUGACCUCAAUAAGAUGCACCUGACAGACCACGCCCAUCAGCAGGUGAUGCACAUGCCCCCUAGCCAAUCAGGAUGCAGCAUUGCCAGCGACUCUGGGAGUAGCAGCCUAUCAGAUAUUUACCAGGCCACAGAGAGCGAGCUGGGAGAUGUGGACCUGUCUGGACUUCCAGAGGCUGCAGUGGACAGUGAGGAAGAGGAGGAGGAGGAUGAGGACCUGGAGAGAGCGUCAGACACCCUCCUGGGCCGAGACCUGGUCCGAGAGUGUCUGGAAAAAGACCCAGCAGACCGCAACGACGAUGACAUUGAGCAACUACUGGAGUUCAUGCACCAGCUGCCUGCCUUUGCCAACAUGACCAUGUCUGUGCGGAGAGACUUGUGUAGCGUCAUGGUGUUCGAGGUGGUGGAGCAGGCCGGCACAGUCAUACUGCAAGACAAACAAGAGCUGGAUCUCUGGUACGUUAUCCUGAACGGGGCAGUGGAGAUCAGCCAUUCAGAGGGAAGAGUGGAGACUUUUUGUAUGGGCAACAGUUUUGGCAUCUCACCCUCACUGGACAAACAAUACAUGAUGGGAGAAGUCCGCACCAAGGGGGACGACUGCCAGUUCGUAUGCAUCGCUCAAGAGGACUACUGGCGCAUCCUCAACCAUGUGGAGAAGAACACGCACAAGGUGGAGGAGGAGGGGGAGAUAGUGAUGGUGAAGGAGCACCGGGAGCUUGACCGUAGUGGAACCAGGAAGGGACAUAUUGUCAUCAAGGGAACCCCGGAGCGUUUGAUCAUGCACCUGGUGGAAGAACCAUCGGUGGUGGACCCCACCUACAUCGAGGACUUCCUGCUAACCUACAGAACCUUUCUGUCAAAUCCCAUGGAGGUUGGCAAGAAACUGCUGGAGUGGUUCCAUGUGGACAGCCUGCGGGACACGGUAACGAGAAUAGUGCUGCUGUGGGUUAACAACCACUUCAAUGACUUUGAGGGUGACCCUGCCAUGACACACUUCCUGGAGGACUUUGAGAAACAUCUAGAAACCACGAAAAUGAAGGGCCAUUUGCGGCUGCUAAACAUUGCGUGUGCAGCCAAGGCGAAGUGGAGACAGAUCACUCUGCAGAAGGCGUCCAGAGAGUCGCCGCUCUACUUCAGCGUGCAGGGCGGCAGCGAGAGAGGAUUUGGCAUCUUUGUUGAGUCAGUGGAAGUAGGGAGCAAGGCGGCAGAAGCCGGACUCAAACGGGGGGAUCAGAUCAUGGAGAUCAAUGGUCAAAACUUUGAGAACAUCUCCUUCUCCAAAGCCGUUGACAUCCUGAGAAACAACACACACCUCUCUCUCACUGUCAAAACCAACAUAUUUGUCUUCAAAGAGCUCCUGAGCAGGAUCGUACAUGAGAAGAAGAACGGUGGCCCUCACAUUCCCAAGAUUCAGGAGAAAAAAGGCAACCGCUUCUCCAUCCCUGACCUUCCUGGAGACAUGGAGUUCGCGACAGACCACAAGAGCACCAGAAAAAUGAAGGCCAACACUGUGUCAGGAGGCCGAAACAAGAUCAGGAAGAUGCUGGAGAAGACGCGCUUCAGCAUACUGCCACCCAAACCUUUCAGUGAUGGCGGCAUGGGUCAGUCUCAGGAUGACAGCAUUGUUGGUACCAAACAGUGUCGACACAGCGUGGCCAUCAUGCCCAUCCCCGGCAACCUGUCAUCCAGCAGCCCUGACCUGCUGCACCCGGCCACCAGCGUCCUCGACUUCUCCAACCCCGCAGACAUCCCAGACCAGGUGAUUCGGGUGUUCAAGGCCGACCAGCAGAGCUGCUACAUCAUCAUCAGUAAAGACACUACGGCUAAGGAUGUGGUUGCUCACACUGUCAAUGAGUUCAGCCUCCUCGCAGCACCCGAGACCUACUCCCUGUGUGAGGUAUCAGUUAGCCCAGAGGGAGUUAUAAAACAGCGCCGCCUGCCUGACCAGCUCUCCAAACUGGCUGAUCGGAUUCAGCUCAACGGCAGGUACUACCUGAAGAACAAUAUGGAGACAGAGACUUUGUGUUCAGAUGAGGAUGCACAGGAUCUCCUCAGAGAGAGUCAGAUCUCUCUGCUGCAGCUCAGCACCAUGGAGGUCGCUGCCCAGCUCUCCAUGAGAGACUUUGAGCUCUUCAGGAACAUCGAGUCCACAGAGUACGUAGAUGACUUGUUUAAACUCGACUCCUCGGUGGGAAGUGGAAACCUAAAACAGUUUGAGGAAGUCAUAAACCAGGAGACGUUUUGGGUUGCCACAGAGAUUCUGAAGGAGCCCAACGCCCUGAAGAGAAUGAAGACCAUCAAACACUUCAUCAAAAUCGCAUUGCACUGCAGAGAGUGCAAGAACUUCAACUCCAUGUUCGCUAUUAUCAGCGGUCUGAACUUGGCACCGGUGGCUCGGCUGAGGAGCUCGUGGGAGAAAUUGCCCAGUAAGUACGAGAAGCUGUUCGGAGACCUGCAGGACGUCUUCGACCCAUCCAGGAACAUGGCCAAGUACCGCAACGUCCUGAGCAGCCAGAGCAUGCAGCCACCCAUCAUCCCACUGUUCCCAGUGGUCAAGAAAGACCUCACCUUUUUACAUGAAGGCAAUGACUCAAGCGUGGACGGUCUUGUGAACUUUGAGAAGCUGAGGAUGAUCGCCAAGGAGAUCAGGCACGUGGUGCGGUUGACCUCGGCCAACAUGGACCCCGCCCUCAUGUUCAGACAGAGGAAGAAGAGGUGGAAGAGUUUAGGGUCCUUAAGUCAGGGCAGCACCAACUCCAACAUGCUGGAUGUGCAGGGCGGCGCCCAUAAGAAGCGAGUACGUCGCAGCUCGCUCCUCAAUGCUAAGAAGCUGUACGAAGAUGCCCAGAUGGCCAGAAAGGUAAAGCAGUACCUCUCCAACCUGACGGUGGAGAUAGACGAGGAGAAACACCAAAUCAUGUCCCUGCAGUGUGAGCCGGCUUACAGCACCUUGUCUAAGAACUUGAGCGAGAGACGAUCCACCAAGUCGGACAUGUCUCCUGUGUCUCUGCGAUCGGCGCUGCCCUCAGCGAAAACACAAAAUAGGGUGUCACAAGUCCUUCAGGUCCAGGUCCCUCUAAACCCACUACGAAAGAAGAGCACUGCCAAGGACAUCGGCCCACCAAACUCCAACUCUCCUCAGGUGGUGAAGAAACCUCCAGUGAACUCGUCAGAGGAGUGGAGCACCAAGAGACCUUCUGAUGACACCGUCUCCACCAUCUCCUCCCUUCACUCCAGCCCCACGGUGUCGCCACAGGGCUCUCCACGCAAAGUGGGAGGCGUGGCCAAGUCCCAGAACUCCAGCCAGAUGAACUUGUCGGGAUCUUCGUCAUCACUGACCAGCGACGCCAGCACAAAGGCCGGCACCAUCAGCCUGCGGAGCUACGGCAUAGGUUAUGCUCUCCUACCAGCCGGUAAAGCAGAUAACCUGUCAGACUCAAGUCACAGCGAGAUCUCUUCCCGCUCCAGUAUCUGUUCAGUCGACUCAGUGCCAGCUCCCGGGCCUGACGACCGGUGUACCAGCAGCAACAGGACCUGUGCUGCUGCUGCUGCUACUUCUACAACUUCUACAACAACGACUGCUCCAGUUGUUGAGAGCACAGCAUCAAUGCAUGCACACUUAAAUGCUGAUUAUAACCAGCCUAGCACAAGUAGUACCUCGUCAUCAGCUCGAGGAUAUGUAUCGCGAAACUCCACCUUCACCUCCUCCAUCUCGACAGAGGAGCUGACCCCGGACCAUACCUCUCUGGACUCUGUGGCCGACAGCGGCCGCGGCAGCUGGACAUCCUGCUCCUCCAACUCCCAUGACUCCUUUCAGAGCCUCCCCGCCUCCUCCUGCCGGCCCUGGGACCACGGCAUCCAUGGGCACCCACUUUCUCUUCCGCACACGCACCUGGGCGGCUUCAAGCACACGCAGCUGGCUGGGCCGAUAGCAGAGAUCGAGGCCGCGAGUCACGCUUGGGCAAAUGAGGACGCCACCAAGCAUCACUCCAGAGAAUCCAGCUCGGAUCUGUCCAAUCAGUCACGGCAGAGCUGGGCGUCAUCCAGCUCUUUGUCGGACACCUACGAGGGGAAUUACGGGACGAUUAAGCGGCGAAACACCUCGGAGCACCCCUCCUCGCCAACCAAUGAGGAAGGAGGGCAAAGCACAGACCCUGUCUACAAAACGGUGACGUCAAGCACAGAGAAAGGCCUGAUAGUGUACUGUGUCACAUCCCCCGCCAAGGAUGAGCGUUACCGAGCUCCCCCUCCCACCCCUCCAGGCUACCAGGGUCUGGCUCUGGGGGAUCUCGGCCUCACAGACGGAGUAGUGGGUGGGCUCCCCAGGCCUCCUCACCUCAGACCUCCAGACUACAGCGUGGCCCUGCAGAGGAGCAAGCUCCUGCAGAGCCCCGGAGCGGCCGGCGGUCUGGCUGAGGCACGGAGGCUGGCUGGUAACCAUCACCUCCACACCGGCUCCACGCAGGGCCACUCCAGACCGCCCAGCAUCUGCCUCCCACCGCAGGAGCUGGCUGACAGCGAGGAUGAUGAACAGGUGUCUGCGGUGUAAAGACGGUGACGUCGCGCACGCACAUAUUCUCACACACGGACCAAGUUGUGUUGAUCAGGCUUUGGACUGAAGUAGCAGCCUGCUGUCACAUUGUAUCAGAGCACAUUGUCCAAGCCCCGCCCACACAGCCCUGUGUGACGUCACCACGGACCAUAAUGCACCUCUCGACCAGUGGGUCACGUGACCACCCAAGACUUGUACAAUCAUCUCUUUUUAAGCCCAUUUCACAAAACAAAGAAGAAAGAUUUUAGAUACUUUUUAAAAACUCUUGAACAAAGCAGAGAUAGGUAGCCAGACAAAAUAAAGGGCAAAUUAAAGAAGGAAAGAGUGACGAUAACGACGUCUCAUGAGAAGAGGUCGACCUCUUUGGAAACAGACCACCAUGUACCUCCAUUUUGCGCUCCAAGCUUUCUUGUUUAAAGGUGUUUCACUUUUUUUUUCUUUUUUUAACAGCUUUUAAAUGUUGUACAGUGUUUCUUUUUUUCUUAUUUUCAUUUGCAUUUUUGAGCUUUGCAAAGUUUUAUGUGAGAAUAGUGAGGAGGAGCAGACAAAGGGACAGAAAGCUGUCGUCAGUAGGGAAAAUAUUCCGACAAACAGCUUGUGUGUUGUUGUUUUGGAUUGCUGUCCGCUCAAAAGAAGAUGAAUGUAGAUCAAUCAGACACGAAAAAAAGCGUAUUUUGUUUUUUAGGGGUCAUGGGCCUCUAUCAAACUCUGGCACUGAUGAUGUAAACUUACAUUAUUCACAUCAGUUCCACGCAAACAAACCAAAUGAAAACCAUACUUUUCACUCCUCUUGUUGGGGUGAAAAAAGAGAAAUUAAAUUCCUGAAGUAGCAGAGAGCACUCCAGUUUGUGUUUACCACUUAUUGUGCUUUGUUGAUCAAAAAAGACAAACAGCAUCUCUCAGGCAGUUGUGUGUCCUCAUGUCGCGCUCUCCGCCACCCAGCCACCUCUCUUAUUGCUCGUUCAGCCUGACGCGAGGUACUUUAGCGGCAUGCUGCCUCCUGGAUGUUCUAUAAAAACUGUAUUAUAACUCGUUUUUAAUGAGCUGAAGAACAAAUGCCUCGCUGCUUCCUGUAGAGUAAAACGCGUCGUUAUUUUAUUGCAGCAGCUAUAAUAAAACGAUAAAUUAGCACUGUGUGGUCGCACAAAGUGCAUGCGUAUACACUCACACACACACACCAAAAUCUUAGAUGGUGUGCAUAAAAACAAAGGACAGUGUUUACACCGACGCUUACACAUUUUGUUUACAGUGUUUAUUGGACUAGUUGUCUAUCGAAUUACAAGCUGAGAUGUUAAAGUAUAAUGCUUUAGGUUCAUUUGACUUUGUAAAUUUGUUUAUAAAGCAACAGGAAGAUGAGAUGCAGCAUAAAAUUUGACUAUGUGCUCACAGUGUACCUCUCGUAUCGGUUUUUGCUUUUUAUUUAAAAAGAAACGAGCAGCAAAACUAGUCAACAGAUAAUGUAUUUUAAUGCCUGGCUUGCAUCUCCAUUCCAUGUUCAUAGUACAUUUUGUAGAAUAUUUAAAGGAUUUGCUUGAAAAAAUGUCUAUUUGUAUGAAAACAGAAGCAAAUUUGUACAUUCUGAGUUUUGGAAAAAAAAAGUUUUUGAUUGUGUUUAUCUGCGGUGCAGCAGGGGUGUAACUGGAAUUAGACGCUCUUCUCUUCUCCUUCUGCUGUCUGUCUCGCGCUCUGUGAUGCUUCUUUUGUAUUGUUUUGCCACACAAAGACUUGAAAUGACUCAUGCUAAUAUAUACACGGCAUAUAUAUGAAUUUAUACAUAUAUUUUUUGUUCUUUCUUUGCCAUAAAUUAAUGUCAUGUAUAGAUGAGAGAAGAGAGUCCUCUAUAAAGGCUAUUUUUGAAUAUUUUGUUAUAAGAAAUAACCCAAGGUUGUGAUUGCCCUGUUUCUGUCUCCGGGCAGGAGUCUUUCAAGGAAUUUCUGUUAGCUCUUGUCAUUGUUCAUGACUUUAUUCUCUCCUCUUACACUCUGUUGUUGGUGCCAUUUCUGCUCUGUCUAUAAUCGUAAUUGCUGCUGUGCUUUGGGAUAUGACUGUGUGCGUGCGUGUGUGUGGAGUUAUAUUUGCGAGGUCAAGAUCAACAUAGCAUUUUAUUUUUGUCCCAUUUUGAUUUAGUCUGGGCGCACAGCACAUAAAGAAUGGCUCAGAAUUCAUUUUCUAUAAAAGCCCUCCUUAGUUUUGCAGCUCUGAUUGCUCCCGCCUGCAGAAAGGUGGGGCCCUCUUGCCAUCGGUUUCUUGGCACAAGGCGUUCAAACUCAGGCGUGAUGAUUGAAAACAGUUUUUGAUGCUAUUAUAGACCAGUCUGUUGGAAUCGAAUGGAACAAGCCUUUCCACGAUGCCGUCUCUGGUUUCAUCUGUUUCCCUCUCAGCUCUGUCAACUCAGCAGGACUUUCAACUUUCAACCUUUUUCCUCGCUCUACUCUUUUAAAAUGGAUAUCACUCCUUUGCUUUAAGGUUUUACAUUAAUCAUGAGUAUCCGCUGUGACCCUUGCCCUAGUUACUUUUUCCUUUUUGAAACAAUCUUAAUUGUAGAAACUUAGAAACAGACUGAGAGUCAGAAACUGAAUAUCUUUUUUUUUUUUGCACAACUGUAUUCUCAGAUUCUUAACCAUAAAUCAGUAUUAAUGUAAUGCAUGGAUGGAUAGAAAAUGAAAUUAGCUAGUGGCUCAGAUGUUAUGAAUGACACGGAUCUCAGUCAGAAGUCAGAGAAAUGCUAAAUAUAUAUUUACGAGAGCUAAACGUCAGGCAACAGUUUUGUUUUUGUGUUUUUUCCAUGAAAUUGUACCGAAUUUUUGGAAUGAAACUCGGCACACAUCGGUCACAUUGGACAUUGUUUUAUUCCUCUCGUGCUCUUUAAGCACUCAAAAAUUCUACAGUUUUUUUGGUUAAUUUUUUCUUUUUCUUUCAGGACUAAAUGUAAUCUAGCAGCCAUCCCGUCUUCUCCGACUCUACAGACAGUUGGUUUGUUUUCAUGGAGGAUCUGGCAGUGAGCAGCUCUCGGCACUGUGAACACAACAUGUCAGUGUUUUUAAAAACAUAAAAUCCGAGAGGAUAAACUUCAUCUCUCUCACAGCUUGAUGGAAAUAUCCGGCUGAUUUUUAAUUUACCCCCCACGCCCCCUCCGUGUCCUGCCACGUUACCUGGAAUGCAAUAAGAGAGAUGUGAAUGUGUUUUAUGUAGACAUCUUUUUGGCAUUACAGCAGAAAUGCACAACAAUAAGCUUCGAUGUGGUGAGUGUGCUGCACAAUCUGUACAAAGAGGUAUUAACUUGGUCUGUGGCUUAAAGUUUGCUUUCGUCUCACACUUCUCAUAGCUGUUGUAACUUAUGUCUUUUAGAAAGACAACAUGAUUUUGCUCGUACGCUUUUUAUGUAUUUUUUACGAGUGAUUGUAAAUAGUUGUUAUAUUUUUGUUUAAGAGAAUGUUUAAAAAGGAAAAAUACCUUUUAUUUCUCCAAGUCUACUGAUAUGAAUUUGGACAAUGAAUAAAAUGUUAAGCAGAAA